AAGAAACAAAAAAAAAAAAAACUUCGUCCUUUCGCAAGCUAAAGGGGAGGAGGGGGAAGGUGAAGAAGAAACCUGGAAAAAAUCCCUUCCCUUCUUCGUUCUUUAUCACCAUUUCUUCCUUUUACCGACAACACAGAGAAGAAAGGAGAAGAUGAAGCAGUGUAGUCAAGGAAUUGAUGGUUUACGAACCGGUCUCUCACCUUCCGCUAGACCUUGCGCAAUUGGUUCAUCUUCUUCGACCAUUUCUCUCAAAUCUGAACACGACGAUUCCAUCUGGGGCGAUUACACUUUAGACCUUUCCUUCUUAUCCUCUGAUGAUCAGAGAAGUGGCGUCGGUGAUGAUGAUUCCUUAUCUAACUUGUCUCGCGAUGUUGAGCCUACCAAAGAAGGAUUGUUUUUGGUGGACAAGAUAGCUUGCUCUGGGAAGGUUUUGGUAAACCCUAAUCCAGUUUUAUCGAAACUGUUGCCUGAGGUAUUGAUUGAGUCCUCUAAUGAUGUCAAGCUGGGUCUGUCCUGUAUCAACACAACACCAGUCAGGUCUGAGAAAACUUCUAUAGAGUCUGAUCAAGAUGACUCUGAGGAAGACUCUCCUUGCUGGAAAGGAAUGCAUUCUCACAAGACUUCUAGACGUUCUACUGAUGAUCUUAGUGGGUUUCGUAGAUUGAACCCCUUGGCACCUCAGUUUAUACCAUCUAAUUCUAAGAAGAAACUCGAAAAAUGUGAUGAGAAUGGUUCCUCGUCUUCUUCGUCUUUGAAGAAGUCUCUGUCUUCAACUUUUCCAUCAUCGUCUGGAGAGUUUAACUUAACUGAUCCUACUGAAGAUGGAAGCAAUGAUGCAGCAAGAAGGACAAGCGUCUUGACUCACGAUGUGGAUGAAAUUUUCGGUUUUGUAUCUAGUGAUAGUGUUUCCAAGACUGUGAGCGUGUCUGAUUCUAGAAAUGAGUUCCAACCAUCUAAAAGGUUGGAUCCUUUGGCCCCUGUCUUUGUUCCCUCUAGUGCAAAACUAAGUCCUUCUGUUCAUGAGAAGCAAGGAGCCUUUGAGACAAAUGGAAUUGCUCUUAUUUCUUUAGAUGAUAAGUCACUAAAUAAGGUCAAGGCGGUGACAUCUUCUGGAGAAGUUGGCCAUAUACUUAAGAGUCGAUAUGGUGGUCGUGAUUUAAAUUCAACAUCUUCAUACAAUCCGUGGAUUGAAUCUGACGCUGGAUAUACUGAGUAUGCAAAACCAGGAAGCUCCAGCAACAAAUGUCAUGGUCAGCGGAGGUUGAAUCCAUUGGCCCGUCAGUUCUCUCUUGCAGAUACUAAACCGAAAGCAUAUGACUAUGAGAAGAACCAAGCUGCAGAUGAUUUAUCGUUAGUGGGGAAUACUGCCGGUUUAUAUCUUCCAAGUCCUUACAGGGACCAUAGUGUAGUAGAUGCAGACUUAGCACAAUCCCCAGUAUAUGUGGAACGUGUUCUUCCCAACAUGUCACGUGGAAGUUCUUCACUUAUAUCUCCGAAGGCGGAGAGUAACUUUGGGUCUACUAAGUGGUUUGCAGUGGAGCCAAAUCCUACAUUUUCAGUAAAGGGUAACAAAGAUUUUAAGCAUCCUCUUCCAUUUCAUGUUGUAGAAGCUGCAGCAAGUUCAUCAUCAAGCGAUAUGAAUGCUUUACCAGGCCCAUCUCCAAAAAUGGAUGUGAAGAAACUACUUACAACGAUGCAUGGACUGUCAGAGUUACUAACGCUUGCACAUGGUUCAGAUUCACCAAAUGCGGAAGAGCUUGAUCUCGUUAACAGUACUGUACAUAAUCUCAACUUGUACAUCAAAAACAACAUUCAGGAACAUGCUGGGAAUCAAAGUGUUGCACGACGUAAUUCAUAUGAUCUAAAGCUGUUACCUAACAAGAGUAAGCUAUCGAUUAGAGACCUUCAGCUUCAAACGGCAAACAAUAUGACUGUCGACCUUGAUGUGAAAAGGAAGGAUAAAUACUCUGUGGUUUCAAGAGAGACGGUCCCAGAUUCUCGUUUGUAUCAAUAUGGUGCGACCAAAGAUAACAGCUUUGGUCAGGUUGUGGCUACAAGUGGUUACCAACAGAAUCAUCAAAGCGAGGAGCAGAUUAACCAACAUGCACUGUUCUAUAAAAGCUUAUGGCUGAAGGCUGAAGCAGACAGGUGUUUGAUGGUAUACGAGACUUCUAUUUCGAAUCCAAAUCUUUGAGGAUAUUAGAAAGGUUGGCUUGUAAAAUAUCAAAGAAGAGCCUCAAGAUCUCCAAUUUCUGGAUGGAGACUAUAUAGGGCAUUGAAAUCUUUUUCCUAUGAAGUAGCUGACACAUAAGGAUGAAAACCAGGCUACUGUUUGGACGUGGAGCCUUUUUGUUUGGUGAAGAUCGUAAUGUUUUCUUGUUAUGGUUCUGUUUAUUUGAUUAUCAGAUGUAUAAACAAACCAUUGUAACUCUUUUCUUAAAUACUACGUCAUCACACUCUUUGUUA